AUUUUUUUAUUGACAGCGGUCUAAGAAAAUUUAAUUUAUUUUGAAAAAUAAAUCAAAUAAAUUUUAUAAAAGAUAAUGGCGCAUGUAGAUGCAUCUGUUUUUGAAAGGAGACUUCGUCCUAUAUAUGAUUCCCUAGAAGUUGGAAAUAAUAAAAAGGCUUUACAAGAAGUGGAAAAACUAUUAAAGAAAAGUCCUACAUUAACCUGCGCUCAUGCUCUGAAAGCGUUGGCACUUUUGAGACUUGGCAGAGAAGAUGAAAGCAACGCAAUAUUAAAAACCAUUACCUUGGAAAAAACUUCUGACGAUGCUACUAUGCAAGUACUUUCAUUUUGUUACAGAGAAAUGGAACAAUUGGAAAAAAUUUGUGAAUUGUACAGCCAUGCCGCUAAACAAUACCCAGGAAAUGAAGAAAUCUUGGCCCAACUAUUUAUUUCAUAUGUUCGCUUAGAUGAUUACAAAUCACAGCAAUAUGCAGCAUUACAGUUAUAUAAAGCAGCAGCCAAAAAUCCGUAUUAUUACUGGGCCGUAAUGAGUGUAGUUUUGCAAGGCGUAAGGGGUCCAGAAAGCUCAAAUAAUGAAAAAAGAAAUCUGUACCUUUCAUUAGCCCAAAAAAUGGUAGAAAAAAUGAUUACCGAAAAUAAAAUUGAUGGAGAACAAGAAGUUCAAUUAUAUCUAUCAAUUUUACAUUAUCAAAAGAAAUAUGCGGAAGCUUUUUCAUUUUUAGAAGGACCAACUUGCCAGAAGUAUUUUCCGGGAGCUCCAGUUUCACUUAAAAUUAAUUUAUUAAAAUUGCUUGGUAAAUGGGCAGAACUAAAUCAGCUUCUCAAAAAUUUACUUUUAACUGAUCGCGAUCGUUGGGACUAUUAUCAAGACUAUAUAGCCAGUGUGUUUGAACUACAUAGAAUCAGUGAAGUGGACGAAAAUGGUUGUAACCUUAUGGAUAAUUGCCAAGAUUUUUUGUGCCAAUUGAUGGAAGCGGAGCGUAAAAAGGUGCGUGGACCAUAUCUUGCCAGAUUAGAAUUGCAUAAGCAAAUGCGAGCAAAUAAUCUGAAUGCUGCCGAAUUACUUGGAGAGUUCUCUGAUUUAAUAAUCGAAUAUUAUCAUUUGUUUGGGGACAAACCUUGUUGCACGUUAGACAUCUCAUUAUUUUUGAGUUCUGUUUGCUUAGAAGAAAGAAUUAUAUUGGCCACAAGAUUAUUAAAGGAAUCAGGUAUCACCGCCGCGUCACUACCCCAAGGUAAACUGCAAAUGCAAAAACACAUCUGUUCGCUUCAAGUUUCGCGAAUUUGUGGUGGUCAUAUUAACUUAGGAUUAGAUCAUUCUUUAGCAUUGUAUACUGCUUUAAAACUGCAUUAUGAAAAUGGUUUUAGUGCAUUUGGCAAAGAACUAUUAUCAACAGAUAUGGGACCAUCAGAUGCUUACGCUUUGUUAGCAGCUAAUAUCAUGUUUGAUUUGACACUUACUGAAAAAAAUUCAAAAUAUCUGAUGGAGGCAGUUUACCUCCUACAAUAUGUUUUGAAAAACAGUCCAAGUAAUUUUCAUGUAAAAUUACUAUUAUUAAAGAGUUAUCAUUAUCUCGGUUGCAUUUAUGGAGCGCAACAAAUUUAUGAUUUACUAGAUAUUAAACAUAUUCAGUUAGAUUCAAUGGGUUAUUUACACUGUGCUUUAUUAUCACAAUAUGGUCAUCUUUGGGCUAUAAAAUCAGUAUACGAAACUACAUUGAAAUUUUUCACAAAUAGCUAUAAAGAGAGAUUAGAAUAUAUAGCUAUGUCUUACAAAUUCGGCUCAUUCACAAAACUAGUUGAAUUUAUGGAUUUUAGGGAUCGUUUAUGGAAUAGUAUACACUACGCAACCAUAUCAGCUGAAGAACUGCUACUAGAGCUAAUAACUUUAUCUGGUGGUAUUCAACAAAAUUUGAACACUUUUAAGUUAAUGAGCAUUAAACCUUCCGAAGACAGAAUUUCAUGGGACGAACUUGCAGAUAAUCGUGAUCUCUCGGUAGUGAUAAACUGGGAUCCAAUGCAUAUAAUAGAUAAAUGUAAAGAAACUGAACAGAGUUUUGUUCAACAAAAAGAAGCUCUCAGACUGCGUUCAUUAUUAUUGCGAAUCACCGCAUCAUUUAUUGAUCUUUUGCAUUUUCCAGAAAAAAUAAAUACAGAAAAUUGUUUAAAAACUAAUGCAGUGAUAACUAUACAAAAUCUUAAAAAUAACUGGGCUGAACAUUUUAGUCGAAUUAGAGAAAUGAAUUAUGAAAAACCCGCAAAUCAAUUUCUAGUCACUCUACUUCCAUCCAGGCUUCAUUCUAUGUUAACAUUGCCAUAUGAGAAAUUUAUUACAUUACUAUCGGAAUUUACUAUUGAGUUAUACAAUGGUAAUUUAGAAUCAAACCGUAUUGAAGAUUUAAACGCUGAGGUAACAAAACUUGAAUCAAUAUGUUCGAAUACAAUAGAAAAUUACAAUAAAUCUGAUGAUAAUUUAUGGAUUUAUCGUAAUACGAAUCAUCAAAUAUAUGGUGUAAUAGAGAUUUUAGCUUUAUAUGCAUUUGUUUUAUCUGCAUAUCACGAGAAAUAUUCUCAAACCUCUUCGCAAAACAUUCAUAACAAAAAAGCGAAAAGAAAAGAUAGUAAAAGGCAUGAUCAAAAUAAUUCAAACAGUAGUGCUGCAUCAAUAAAUGAUAAGCAACGUUUACAAGCUACAUUAGAUUUAAUGCGACAUUUAAAGCAGCAAUUACAAAAUUGUUAUAAUUCUCUAGCGUUAUGGAAAACACCUACAACAUCAAAAGAAUUAGAAAAAUGUAUGGCAGAUCUUUCUUUAAGAUCGGAUACCGAAGCAUUAAUAUUGAAUGAUAUAAUUGAAACAUUCAAAGAAAAUCACAUUCGAGUUGUAACUGAUUUGCGUAACAUAAUUAAGGACAAAAUUCGUAUGGUUAAUAAAUAAAUGUUUGAGGAAAAGAAGUUUUUGCGAUAAUUUCUAGUUUAAAUUUUUUUUUUAAUUUGAAUGAAUAAAUAUAUUAAUAUAUUUAUAAAUUAAAUUUUUAUGUAAUUGUAAAUAUCUUUAUGGAAAAGAAAAAAUGUUGAAUU